AUGUCACACAUAUGCGAUUCUCCGGAGACCAGUUCGGACGUGAUCAGUUCACAAAUACCUCCGGGAUCGGGCAAGACACCCGAUCCCGUGACCUCCCUAUUCACAUCCCAUUUGUAUCGUCUGACCUGGUUGGGUGGACCGCAAUAUUUGACCGGGUUUUUCGAACCCCGACCCCUAAUUUGCCCAAAGUCGGUGGCAUCCUCCAGAUUAAAUAUGAGUGGAAUACAGCGAUCAAGGCUUACAGCGCAUCUACUUCGGCGUAGACGUUUGCGUGAAUGGUGCAGUCAAUGGAAUUUGAGGUUAUCCUAUCGUUCGCUAGUUCCUCGUUCUAGUCCACUAACAGGACGUGCAAGCGCUGACCGGCCGCACUCCACGAUGGCAUCUGCUGGCCAAUUGGACCGGGCUAAUCUCGAUUCAGUGGCACCAACGGAUCCGAGAAAGCGUGGGCAUGAGCGUGCCGAUCACGACGCGUGUACACGUCGCAGACUUCCUCCUAAUCGGUUUAGAUCAGAGCUCGCUAGACGCGAGCAAGUCGAGAAAGCUUGGAGACGAGAAGCCAGUAUCAGGUUGCUCAAACGUGCACACUACUACUGGAGGCAACGGGAUAUACGACAGAAGCGCCGUAAAAGAGCUCUUACCAAUAGCCACAUGUUUAUCAGCCUGCGGAAGGUCCCGCACGAUUUGGGAAAGAGCAGGGUAUCCUUUGAUCGGUGCAACAAAAGUCGCACGCGGUCAAACACGAUCAAUAUUCCCCCUCGGACUGCGGAAGAGAAUCAAAGAAAACCUAUCAGUCUGCGCUGUCGGCGGGGGCAUCAAUCCCCAUUGGGUUUUGAUCAGCAAGCUAUACGUACUUGGGUUGAGAGCACUGAAGGAACAGAUUCGACAAUGGCACGCAAACGCAGAACAAUUCAGUGCAAUCGAGCUUCAACUGACUUUCUGUCCAGCCGUAUUGGAGCUGGAUCGGCGGCCUGUGUGUUGCCAUCUAGUAGCGUGAGUUGUGAGAAGGAACCAAACCUGGCCGAAUCGCAUGUGUUGCCACUGACCAAAGCCAAUUUAUUACGUCACACACGCAUGCAUGAAUGGAUGUUUCGUUACCAAGUUCUUUGUCGUCAGUUGAACGCGGCAGACCAAGAGAAAUUUUCCAUUGAUGAACAAAUUAAUCAGCAUGCGGAAUCGGCGACCGGGCCAUCUACAAAACGUCAACGUUUCUUCAAUGCCAGUGAAAAAGAUCAACCGACAACGCAAUCGUCCGAUACACCGGUUCAGACACAGGCGACCAUGUUGGUGAGCGCAGACCAAUGCCAACAAACGCAACAAAAACCGGAACUGAUUGGACUGGCCUUGAAUCCUUGCGAGAACACAAUGAAUCCCGUACCCCAACUGUUUGCCCCGUGUAAAAGCAAUCACGGUGUUUGCACUACAAACACAUUCAACAUGCCACCGACUAAUCUGCAUUGCACUCAACACGUCCUCACCCCGCAUCUCUAUCAAGGCACGCGUGCUCCAGUCCCCAAUUUCUACGGAAAACGACCACUCUGGCAUACGAAUUCCAAUCCGUGUCCGCACACAGCUACCCGGGUCGCAGUUCCGUGUUGCAACGCGCAUUCAUGCCCCACAUGCGUAUACGGCAUGUCUUCUUGCACACAAAGUCCGAACGAAUACUGGUAUCCGUACGAUCAUCAUCAUCAUUUGUGCUCUUCUGGUUCCAGCCACGAUCACACACCAUCCAGAGACUGCUGCCUUUCAUCAAUGCACAAUUCCAUGUACUGUGCCUGUCAACGCUAUACGCGAAUGGCUUCAUCCAAUGGAAUGUGUAAUUCGAUUGAAUGGACAACGUUGCCCGUUGGUUGCUGUGGUACCACGGCUAUCAAUUCCGCCUAUCCGCGUCUAGUGCGUGUACCUUGGAAAGAAGGUUCCCUCCCCAAUGGCAGCUCAAACACUACCGGCACUUAUCCGUACACAGGCAGUGGCAGUGGUGGUCCGACAGAGGGCUCUGAACUGCCCUACUGUUGUGCUUGUUGGGCCAAACGUUAUUCCGAAAUGGCUUACAGGAAAACAGCUUUCAUGCCCAGAGAUACCAUGCAUCCAUCCGGCUUGUUUGCACAAACUUUUGCUCCGAAACGUGACACAGUAGACUUUGCCGUUUCAACUUGGUGUAACAGCCAAAAAAGACCAACCCACAUCCCUGUGGGAUCAAUGAAACCGCCCGGUGUUGGAGAAAAUCCGGGAGAUUUGACAGGAAUGACAGCCACAGCCGCGCAUGCCUCGGCGAUGCCAACACUAACGAUGACCAAUACGGUGGGGCCUGCUGCUUUGGCGUCCCAAGUGAUCCGCGUCACUCCUACACAAAUCUCCGUGCCUACGGUGAUCCCCGGACCGACACAGGCGAGCAACUGUGUAUGCCGUACACUUCCGACCACGGUACUGGAUCCGACAAGCGCGGUUCCGUGCGACACAAACCAAUCGGUACAUGUAAAUCACCAACAGGUUGCACAUAAUCCACUGCAACCGUGUCUUACCCGGAACGCACAAGAUGUUUCACUAAAAGAGACAGUCCCCCAUCCUGUGAAAACAUGCGUGCAACCGGACCUAACGCUGGGUCUAGAUAUGUCCGUGCAACAGAAAGAUGGUGUGACCCAAGUGCGGCGCAAAUUGGCCCAGGUUGCGCAACAAGCGACAGCGGAUGGCUAUCGUAUUCCACAACCGAUUGCUGACACUGCAAUAAUUGAACCGAAACAACCGUGGGAAGUGACCGGAGCGGAUGUCAAAAGCCCAGAUGCCGACAAAACGAUGCAACAAAAUUAUUAUGGCGUACGUUCCUAA